CACCAUUGACGUCAUCAUCAAACAAUAUGGCGUCGUUAGAGUCGUAGUCGGGAGUCUCACUCGACUGUGAAACUGUGAUGAUUUUUAGGAACGAUAAGGAUUGUUUUCCAUUUGCAAACUAUUUCCAAAUCAUUACAAUUCUUGUUCUCAAGCCAUCUAACAUAUAUUGAGGUUACUAUUAGAUAAAGAAACACCAAAAGGAAGGAGAGACAGUUUUCGAAAUGGGUGGCGCAAACUCAAGUGUGGACGCGACACAACAACGGCCGCAACAGGCGUCCAGGAAGAUUUCCACGCGGUCCAAGGCGGCUGACUCCAAAGUGAAUGCCGACAACGAGCGGGUGUCGAGAUUGGUGCAAGCCAUGACGGCACACCCAAGGAAGAGGAGGCAGGGUGCGUGGACUACACAAGCUGCUGACGAAGGAUUUGAUGGUUACAAAGAAAGUGUCUACAUCCUGAAGCAGCUUUAUAAGAAGAUGGACCCAGCAGUCAUGAAGACGUUAGGCGAUGCCAAGGGCGAGGUUAAGCUGUCACUGAAGUAUGAUCAACACCGUCAGCUGCUCAUGGUGAAAGUCAUCGGUGCGCGGGACCUGAGUGCAAAGGACCUCCGAGGCAAGGAGUCGGAUCCAUAUGUCAAGCUGGACCUCAUUCCUGACAACAGCACGAAUGGUUUCAAGAUGACCAACUACGUGAAUCACUCGCUCAACCCAACCUACAAUGAGAUCUUCACUUUCUCACUGGCGGAUGAGGAUAUCCCUACAAGCCUGCUCCGUAUACAGGUGCUGAGUCAUGACCAGCUUGGCAAGGAUGAUUUCAUGGGAGAGAAGAUCAUUGAGCUCGGCCAGAUUGACUGGAGUGAGAUCACGACUCGCUGGUUUGAACUGGAAGCUGAGACUGAUCUUGACAUCAGGGGUGAACUAGAGAUUAGUCUCUCCUACAAGCUGCCGGAAACAUUACAGGUGUCCAUUCACAGAGCAACUGAAUUGGCGUGCAGGGAGAAGAACAAGCUACCCGACCCAUAUAUCAAGAUAAUAAUUCCUGGCAUUCCCAAAGUGGAGGAGACGAAGGUCCAGAAGGGCAGCCGGGAACCGGAAUGGGAGGAGAUAUUUGAGUACAACGUCCCACGGGAAGAGUUGCCAGACAGGUAUAUUGUCCUGCAUGUGCUGGACAAGGCCUUCCUGGGAAACACUGAAUCUCUGGGUCAGGUGUACAUUGACUUGACAAACCUGGACAUCAAUGAGGGCUACACCGGCAAGUUUCCGCUGGCUGACUUGAAAAAUUCGGACCGUGUUCGCACCAAGUGGGCCCAGACAGCCACAGUGCAGGAGUUCAGGGAGGCCAUGUAUGCCCACGCUGUCUACAAGUGUCCCAAGCUGAUCUUCCAGAAUCACCAGGGAAACAAAGUGCUGACCGUCCACAGCAGGAAAGCUGGCUCGUCUGCCAAGAUCAGAAUUUUGAAUGGUGUGGCAACAUGAAAAGGUAUCCAC